AUGGAUGAACUGAAUUUAACUUUGGAACAAGUACGGAAUGACCUAAGGAAUAGUUCUCAUAGUAUUGAAAGUGAUGAUGUUAUUGAAGAAGUUAACGUCAAUUCGUUUCAAAAUUUCGUUUCCUCAUAUCAGCGGGCUCAAUCUUUUUCUGCCGAUAGGUCUAUUAAUGAAGAGACUGAAUUAUUAGGACGUAGAGGUAGUUUAUCAUCAAAUGUUACGUUGAUUAAUAAGAAUUCCACAGUUUACCAGACAAUUUUCAAUGCUAUUAAUACCCUUAUCGGUAUAGCUGUGCUUUCAUUACCUUAUGCAUUGAGAUUGAGUGGAUUUUGGUUAGGAACUAUAUUAUUAUUCAGUUGUUAUCUUAUUAGUACACAAACGGCCAAGAUAUUAGGAUCUAUCAUCAAAAAACAUCCAGAAUUAACAACAUAUGGAGAUAUAGCAGGAUUUUGUGGAGGUUCAAUAGCACAAUUUCUCAUUACUUUAUCAUUUGUAGUGGAUUUAACUGGAGCUUCAUUGAUUAUUGUGCUUUUAUUCAGUGAUACUUUCACCCAAAUAUUCGAUUUGCCUAAGAGUUUCUUUAAGGUGUUGAUUGUGGUGUUGGUAUUUUUCUUAUCAUUUUUACCAUUGAAUUUGUUAUCAUUGAUCAGUUUAACUGGGGUUAUUUCCACAUUUUCUUUGUUAUUAACCAUUGGUAUUUGUGGAUUCAUCACCAAUGUUCAACCAGGGACUUUAAUUCAUCCAAUGAAGAUUAAUUUCUGGCCACAAAAUGCUACUGGAGUGAUAAAAUCUCUUGGAAUGUUUAUGGCUCCUUAUGGAGGACAUCCUGUAUUUCCUGAAUAUUAUCUUGAUAUGCGUCAUCCUUAUAAAUAUUCCUAUGCCUGUACGGUUUCGUUUACGGUGACGUUUCUUAUUGAUUAUUCUAUAGCCAUUAUUGGAUUUCUCAUGUAUGGAACAGAUGUUAAUGAUUCAAUCAUCAAAAACCUUAUGGAUAAUUCCAAUUAUCCCAAAUUCAUAAAGAUGGUCUUAUUGGUUGUCUUAGGGAUCUUGCCAGUACUGAAAUUGCCAUUAUUUGUUAAACCAAUUCUACGUACUGUCAUGAGUCAUUUGAAUUUAAAGGACACUUUAACAUCAAACAUUUUAAUUCGUUUAGUUUAUUUCGGGUUUAUCCUAUUGUUAUCACUUGUGGUGCAAUCAUUUGGUAGAGUAGUUGCAUUUUUGGGAGCAGCUAUUUGUUUUACACUUUGUAUGACAUUCCCAUAUUACUGUAAGUUAGUAGUAUUUAAGGACGAUUUAAGUUCCAAAGAGAAAGGUUUAUAUAAGAUGGGUAUAGCUAUAGGGACUAUCGGGGCUAUUUUAGGGACCGUUGGAAGUGUUAUUGACUAG